CAUAUAGCAAUAAAUUUUAGUUCAUUUUCAAUUUCAACGGAAAAUCUAUUCAAAUCGAUUUCAUGAGAAGAAGGUGUUAGAGUGGUUUCUGUAUUGGAUGCUAAUAUUUAUCAAAAUACAGGAGAUAUUAUAAUAACGCAUACAAUAACAAUGUUUUACGACUUGGUUUUAUUGAGACGCCAAAAUCAUGGUAGAUUUGCCAUGGCUUGGGUUGCUUCCACUAGAGGUAUUAAUACUGUUGUCAGAGAAUUUGGUUUGAAUAAAAUUCGCGAUAUCGACAUAUUCAUCCUGUGUCAGGAAACCAUGGAUUAUUUGAAGAGUAGUUCCAGUAAUCCAAGAGAAAGGGUUUCUUUAAGGCUGGCUGUUCACCUUAUACAGGGUACUAUCAUAAUCUUCAGUAAAAAAGUUUCGAUAUUUCAAGAUGACUUAUACCGAUACUACACCUGUAUAACCACUUUUCCUAGAGAUCUAUCCCUUCCUGUAAGGGAAAAAGGAUCUACACAAAGAAUUUUCAAAACUCCACCAACGCCUAUCAUUAAAGAAAAAAGCAGGAAGAAAAAGAAGCCACCGAUCGAACCAAUAGCGGAAGAAAUUCGAAAGGAAGCAACAGAAGCAGAACCAACUGAAGCUUUGCUCAGACCUCCUCCUUCAGAAGUUGAAGCUAGGAGAGAAAGCCUUGAUAUUUUAGAAGCUCAGCCAUUGAAAGUGGUGAUUCCAGACGACAUAUUUGGUGAUUUUGAUAUUGGUCCAACGGGAACAACUUCAAAGUUAGUGCCACCAAAGCCACCAUCUGAAACAUCAGAAAAAUCUCAGUUGGAGAGAAUCGAAGAGCAACUCAUAGCAGAACAUGAGGAGCUCAAGAAAAACGGGAAGAAACUCGAGCCUCAAAAGAAAAAAUCCAGCAGUAGUAGUGCUGACGUAGGUCCUAAGACGAUACAGGUGGAGGCUAUGGUCCACAGAGGCGCCGAGGCGAGCCCAGCUGAGGUAGAAGUAACCAAGAGACGAGAAAUCGAGCGAACUGAAGCUGAAAAGAAGAAAUCCAGUAGUAGUAGCGUUGAAGAAGGUCCUAGAAUCGUACAGGUGGAGGCGGAGGUUCAUAGACCUUCCGAAGAAAUCCAGCUUGAGCAGGGGAUUCCCAGAAUAGAAGAAACCCAUAAGAAAGGAUCUAGUAGUAGCGAUGUUCCAGAGGGACCUGCUGUCAUUCAAGUGGAGGCUAUGGUGCAUCGAUCGGCAGAGGUGGGAGAAGGUGUUCCAGCAACUGUGGAAGAACCGCCCAGAGCAGUUAUGCCUGAACAGAUGGAAGUGGAAGAGAUCCAGACUGUGCAGCAAGAUAUACCAGGCGUUUCGCAGCAAGCCAUGGAAACAGCGCAAAAGGAGAUAGAUGAGGAGGUCCGUUCCGUUCUCGAGAAAGAGGUUGUCGUUCAGCCUAGGAAAAAGAAACCCUUGAGGCAGCUGCAAGAGGAUGAAAUUCCUGCGUCGGGACCUAUAACGCAGAGAAGAUCAUCGAGGGAAGAAAGAGAAAGGAGAGAAAAGGAGGAAAAAAUAGAAAAGUACCUGAGAAUGAAGUUCAGAACAGCGAGAAGGGUCCUGCAUCUGGAUGACUACAACAAUAUAGUUACCGUAGAAGAUUUUCCGAUAACAAUUUUCGAGGAGAAGGAAAUUCUCUACAGUGAUCUGGCAGAUUUUCACAUGGGCACAUUAGUACCGGCCGAGUCGGUAGAGAUGACGGUGGAGCAAAUGAGGAAAGGAGCUUCUACGGGCAGUUUUGGCUCGGAUAUUUUGAGGAGGGCCUCGAGGUUGCCCACUAGUCUCACGCCUAUGAACGUCGAGUCCAAAUCAUCUUCGCAAUCGAUGGUGAGACCGUUGAUGAUUCCGCAGAGUGCUGAUUUCAUGACCGAGUUCCAUGUUGAAACCAUAAAAUCGACGCCUUUCAGGAAGGAUGCGGUUGAAAUGCCGCACAAGAAACUCUAUGAGGAAACCAGGAUCGAUUAUCAAAUUCCGGUUCAAGAAACUGUCGAUAGGCAAAGAGAGCAGAUUGUAGAUGUAGAGCCUGUCAUUCAAGAACUUGUUCAAGAGGAACCAAAAAGAUUAACUCCACCAGAGAGACUUACACCUACUAAGAAAAAAGAGGAUGAAGCAAGAAAAAUAGAUUUAAUUGGUAGAAUAAAAAGUUGGGACGAAAGUCAAGGAUAUAUUCUAGUCGAUGAUUUGAUCCCUGAGCCUAAAAACAGAAUGAAUGCUGCAAAAACUUUCUUUCUUCUCUUAGUGUUGGUGAAGGAGCAAUUCGUAAGUCUCUUGCCUGAGGAAAAUUCACUUGUGGUAAAAUUCGUGAAAAUGGGUAAACGUCUCCUGUAAUGAAGGUGACACAUUGUAGUUUUAAGUAUAUUGUAAUAACUUAACUUUUUCGCAUAUAUUUUAAAUUUCAAAGUAACUUAUUUUCAUGUAAAUGUAUAUGCAAAUGCAAAUUUUUCAUGAAUUA